ACGUCCUCCGUCACAUGAACGAAGGAAACUGAGGUGUUCGGUUCAACGGGCGCGAUCGUGUCAGCUGGAUCUCCCUUUCUAACUCCGCCACCAGCACCCUCACAGCCGCCACCAUGUCGUCCACCAACACCGAGCCGAUGUACGCGCCCUUCUUCGGCGUCAUCGGCGCCGCCUCCGCCGUCGUGUUCAGCGCCCUGGGCGCGGCGUACGGCACGGCCAAGUCCGGUACGGGUAUCGCGGCCAUGGCCGUGAUGCGGCCCGAGCAGAUCAUGAAGUGCAUCAUCCCCGUCGUCAUGGCGGGUAUCGUGGCCAUCUACGGCCUGGUCGUGGCGGUGCUCAUCGCCACCACCCUCGACAGGGACAGCUACACGCUGUUCAAGGGCUUCAUGCACCUGGGUGCCGGCCUGGCCGUCGGCUUCUCCGGUCUGGCGGCAGGCUUCGCCAUCGGCAUCGUCGGCGACUCUGGCGUCCGAGGCACGGCCCAGCAGCCGCGACUCUUCGUGGGCAUGAUCCUGAUCCUCAUUUUCGCCGAGGUGCUGGGUCUGUACGGCCUCAUCAUCGCCGUCUUCCUCUUCGCCAAGGCCAACUAGAGCGCGGCGGUGGUGACGCACUGGAGGCCCGGGGGCUUCUUCUUGACCUUUGUGAUCAAUACUCAACACGUCAUUGGCGGAAACCUCACCCCUUGGAACGCCCUCACCGCCAACCAUGCACAAAAUAGAUCUUUGAUGUGCUAUCCAAAGUUUGGGUUUAUUUGGAGAUAAGUGACCGAAUUUUCUCUUUGGUGAUCAACAACUGGUUGUGAGAGCGAGCUUUCGUGUUUCACAACGGAGGGCUUGUUAGAAAAUGAACCGAAAUUUUUGUUACCGCAGCUUAAGACAUUUUCCUUUCCUUGUGAUGAAAAAAAAAGAUCAAUUUUAAUUAUUAUUAACUUGAGUCUUUCAAGUUUGACAGCUUUCCCUUGCCGAGGCAUAGGGUUAAAUUAUGAAGUACUCUUCAACUGCAUGUUUGUAAAUGACCAUUAUACAUUAAGAUAAUUACACGUUAAGAAGAAACAUUUCGACUUCUUAGGAGUGAUAAAGCUUAGGCGGGGAAGAAUACAGUUUUGCUUGAGGUGAAUGUCUAUUCUCUAGAUAUUCACUUUAAACAACACUGUAAUGAGCCCCGUCUAAGAGAGCGCUAGAUUCGUUUCUGUCCGUAGUCAUUUCUAUGAUUAUGCAUUGUUGUAGGAUUAAAUAAAUGAAAAUAAACAGAAAUGUGACUAAGAA